CGCUAAUGCAUUGUAUGUUGGCGCUAAUUCAAACGGGUGUGCUUCAUCAUGGCUUUAUCAGAAUUAACGCGCUUUGAGGUUAUAAAUAGGUUUCAGGAUGAAUGCCCAUAUAAGGACCUGUCGGUACACCUAUCAGAACUUGAUCUUCACACGAGUCGAAAGUCUGAGAGUUACAUAAAACCGAUUGAACACGGACUUCAAUGUGGUGAAACUAAAAUUCACUUUCUUCAUGGAACCACUACUCUCGCCUUCAAAUAUUCAGGCGGAGUAAUUGUCGCAACAGAUUCCCGUGCAACUGCUGGAAGCUACAUUGCUUCUGGAACCACAAAGAAAAUAAUUGAAAUUGACAAAUUCUUACUCGGAACUAUGGCUGGUGGUGCUGCAGAUUGUCAGUUUUGGGAGCGCGUUUUGACAAAGCAUUGCAGAUUAUUUGAAUUGAGGAAUAAGGAAAGGAUAUCUGUUGCAGCUGCAUCCAAGCUGUUAGCGAAUAUGAUUUAUAACUAUAAAGGGAUGGGUUUAAGUAUCGGCACAACCAUUGUCGGUUGGGAUAAAAAUGGACCGGGUGUUUACUACGUGGAUACAGAUGGAAACAGGACUUCCGGAAACCUAUUUUCUGUGGGAUCUGGUAGUCCCUACGCCUAUGGUGUUUUAGACACUAAGUAUAAGUACGAGAUGAAGGAUGAAGAGGCCUACGAACUCGCUAAGCGAUCAAUAUUUCAUGCUACUCAUCGUGAUGCUGCAUCUGGUGGAUUUGUUAACCUGUAUCAUAUGAAGGAGGAUGGGUGGAAGUUCAUUGGAAUUUUUGACGUCGGAGAACUUUACUACAAAUAUAUGUCGAAGUAAAUUUUAAAACCAUAAUAAAGACUUCUUGCUUUAUACUUGUCUUCUAAGUCACAAACAAAUGUUUUUUGUUUCAGAACCUCAAAAGGGUAAUUGAAAGUCUUUUUUUUCGUUAAUACUUCGCUCCAUUCAGAAACGCAAAGCAUGCUAUCUGGUUGUUUAUUUCGUUGCUUUAGUAUGGGUCUGUGAAUAUGUCAUUUACUGUGUUCCUAUAUACAGUUGCUUUCAUCUGGAUAUUCUGCGAAAUGAUGUGGAAAAUAAACAAGGCAAGUGCUGGGGUAGUGUUAAGGUCUUAGCCGAUACGCAUCUUCUUGGAUAUGUUCUGGGUCAUCCUAUUGAUCGUAACAGAAAGUUUGGAUUGUUUUUACUUGUUUAUAUGAAAUUGG